GGUUUCAACCCUCAAAUAAAGCUUCUCAGAGGCACCUAUGAUACCUAAAACUGCUGUAUAGGUAGGUAGCUCAAGAUUUACGACACAGCCAUGCAGUUCAAUUUUGUCAGUACUAGUGGGGUACUUUCUUAAACAUCAGUUUUGAACAUCAUAAACAUAGUUGGGUCUGUUUGGCAUACGGCGCAUGCGCAUUACAGAUUGUGAGCCGGAUCAGGUAAGGGUUGUUAAUUCAGGCUGUCUGAGACACAACAACAGGUGAAUGAUCGCAACGGAGGCUGUACCUGGCUGUUUUUGGAUAAAUAUAUCGCCUCUACAUCAAGGACAAUGAAGAUGUGAUGCUACUGAAUGGAUAUUUCUGUUGGAAUUAUAUUUUCCAUCGGAUCAUAUAAAUUGGGCCACGUCCGGCGGCCGCCGACAGCUUCUCGGCAGCCAAAGGAAAAUCUUGUUUUUACUGAGAAGUAAGGAACUGGGUAGCAGGCAUGUUGUCAGGGGAGGAGAUAUUAUGCAGCACACGGCAAGUGAUCGCAGGGCUAGAGGCUUUGCGUGGGGAGAACCGCACACUGCUGGACAGUCUGCAGGAAAAACAGCAGAGCCAGACGUCCAGUGAGAGCGGCAGCCUGGAGCAAGAGAAGACCAGUAUCAUUUUAGAGUCUCUGGAGAGGAUUGAGUUGGGCUUAGGAGAGGCACAGGUGAUGAUGGCACUGUCAGCACACCUAGGCUCCUUGGAGUCGGAAAAGCAGAAGUUGCGUGCUCAGGUGCGGAGGUUGUGCCAGGAGAAUCAGUGGCUGAGGGACGAGCUGGCACGAGGUCAGCAGCAGCUACAGGAGAGAGAACAGGAAGUGGUUACUUUAGAGGAGCAGAACAGACACCUGCAGUUCAUGAGCAGCAUUCGCAAGUACGACUUUGAAGAGCCGCCUCUGGAGGAUAAAGAUAGUACUUCAGGCAAGGAGUCCCUUGACGAUCUCUUUCCCGAUGAAGAGGAGAAAUCUCACAGUAUGGCACAACUCACUAGCUUGUCUCAGCCACACAGUAGUGCCGCAGCUGCUGCCCAGCAGGGAGGUUAUGAGAUCCCUGCUCGACUCAGAACUCUACACAACCUCGUGAUCCAGUACGCGUCUCAGGGCCGCUAUGAGGUGGCCGUGCCUCUCUGCAAGCAAGCUCUGGAGGACCUGGAGAAAUCCUCAGGCCACAGCCACCCAGAUGUUGCGACCAUGCUCAACAUCCUAGCUUUAGUCUACAGGGAUCAGAACAAAUACAAGGAAGCUGCCAAUCUCCUGAAUGAUGCAUUGGCCAUUCGUGAAAAAACACUAGGCAUGGACCACCCAGCAGUUGCAGCUACACUGAAUAACCUGGCUGUGUUGUAUGGAAAAAGGGGGAAGUACAAAGAGGCAGAGCCAAUUUGUAAAAGAGCUCUGGAGAUCAGGGAAAAGCUGCUGGGGACAGAGCACCCCGAUGUGGCCAAGCAGCUGAAUAACUUGGCACUCCUCUGCCAGAACCAGGGCAAAUACCAGGAGGUGGAGCAGUACUAUGAGCGUGCCCUGCACAUUUAUCAGAGUCGAUUGGGUCCUGAUGAUGCCAACGUGGCUAAGACAAAGAACAAUCUGGCUUCUUGUUACCUCAAGCAGGGAAAAUACAGACAAGCGGAGGCUCUUUAUAAAGAGAUUUUAACUCGUGCUCAUGAGAAGGAGUUUGGCUCAGUGGAGGGGGAUGGAAGGCCGGUUUGGAUACAGACAGAGGAGGGGAGCUCUAGACAGGAUGGUCUGGGAAGUCUAAAGCGCAGCGGAUCAUUUACCAAGCUCCGGGAGUCCAUAAGGAGAAGCAGCGAAAAACUUGUCCAAAAGCUGAAAGGAGUUGGAACACAUGAAUCAGCCCCUCGAGCGGUUGGGAUGAAGAGAGCAAAUUCCCUCAAUGUGCUUAAUGUGGGUGCACGAGAGAGCCAAGUAGCUGCCACGAGGCCGAGCAGGCUCACAGAAACACGAGGCCUGAGUUCCAGUACCCAGAGUUUAGCCCGCCGUGGGUCUCUGAGUGGAGACAGCUAACUUCCACUACCAGCGGCUCCAUAUGACAUCAGGACUCUCGGGCAGUGCAGAUAAGCCCGGAAGAGCUAUCAGCAUUACAUCUGACUGGUCUGUAAUGACUGCGUAGAUCAUAUUGCGAGUUAUAUGAGAUUAUAUGAGGCAGAUGCUUCUGAGCAGUCUGUCAAAGUAGUCCUAGGAAAAGGGAAACACAUUUGAUUUGGCUUUACCAAAAAAAAAAAAAAAAAAAAAAAGAGGCCAGCUCUUUUUAAACUGGUACUAUGCAGAAGGUUCUGAUACUUGGUUGAUAUCAGUUUUAUCUCCCUUUUCUUUAAAGGCAGUUGCACUAUAAAAUGUUACAGAAAAUCUUAACCCAUUGCAUUCCAAAUGGCUAAGAUUGAAGAGCAGAUUGAUUGAUUAAUUUAGCUAAUCAUUGUGUCCAAUAUUAAUAUGUUAAUCGCUAUACUAUGAAUACAACAGUAAUCUUACAGCAUCAUCACACUUUUAAUCCAUGAACUGCAGGAUGCCGUUUGCUCACCAAUACGGUUUACUUUUGUAGCAUAUUGCAGCUUAACACAAAACAUAUUCCAUGUCCUCACUCCACUGUAGAAUAGAAUUAUAGUGUUAGAAUUGAGCACUUUCAACAUUUGCACUAAAUCAAGAAUUUCCAAUUUAAAAGGUACAUGGAGGGCAUGUUACAUUCCAAAAUGAAUGGGAUUUUACAUACAAUUUGUACAGUUGAGGUAUUGUCAAAUGAUUGUAGUACUUGUGCCUAUAAAUAUUGACUUUUUAUUUUGCAAUUUUAAGCACAGAUUUGUUUAGUAGUCUAUUGUGUACUGACUGUUUUCAUCUCGAUACUAUUCCACAGUAUAUGUGGGUAGGCUUUUUUAUGAGCAGAACUUACAUGUACAUGGGUAAAAUGGUUUGUUUAGUGAGUGAUAAAUAAUUGAUGUAGAUUACAUUUUUCAAGUAGAAAUCAAUAAACUGUUACAUAAUGCCAUUUAAACGUUUUACAUUCUAUGGCUGAAGGUAGCAUAUUUAAUGAGCUUAAGAUAUUUAUGUACUGUUUGUUGCUGAAGAACCAAAUAAAAUUGUUCUACCUCUGUUAAAAUCAAAAUGUGUUAAAAA